AUGGCAUUCAGCUGUGUCGUUAGUGGUUCGUUUAACCAGGGUGAUCGUCAGCGAUUCACUUAUAGCAGAAAUGCUCAAUGUGUAGCUAAUUCUGCCUGCGCACUGGCUUGGAAGUUUCUUGGCAAAGAUUUCUCAACUUCUGCAAUUGAUACAAUUUUAAUUAGCGGAGAUGCUUUAUACAGAUCUCUUCGCAGCGAGGAUUGUGUUGGUGGUAAUCGAUUUUUGUUUCCUGACGAACUUCCAAGUCAGUUUGUUGUGGCAGAUCAUCAAGUUGCCAUUGCAGAAAUAAAGUAUGUGUACGAUGCAUUGUACCCGCUUACUCGCGAUCUUUUGGACGUUAGUAUCUUUGAACUUUCUUGUGAGUUGGAAGUACUAAUGCUGAAUAAGUCCAAUCAAUUGGGGUUUUUAUUCACUGGAUUGAAUGUAACGGUCGGGUUUUGGAGAAGUGAGAACCGCCUGUUUUUAUUCGAUCCACAUGCUGUGAAUGAAGAGCGCCAACACGAUUUUCUUAAUGACUCUAACAACUUGGCAAGACUGUUUACCUGUGAAAGUUACUACUCUUUGGCGUCAUUGUUACUGUGCAAUACAGUUUUUGAUUAUAAUGCACGGCAGUUUUCUAUCACACAAAUUUCGUUUUGUUUGGACGAUGGACCGCUUUCAGCCAAUCUAAGCGUGUUGCACCUUUCGCAAUGUCCCAGUCCUGAUUUCCUCAAUGAAUGCACACACGAUCCCGUUCCUCACUGUCCAAGUCCAGACUUCCUUAACGAUUCUGCAGGUAGACCCAUUCCACAAUGUCACAGUCCCGAUCCAAAACUGACAUCUCUCAACCCAAUUGUGGUAAUAUCACCUUUAAGAAAAAUACAAUCCCUUCCUGAUCUCAAUACUACCGUUAAAGUUGGUGGACGGCCAAAAAAACUAAAACGUGGUCGCCCCAAAAUGCUUUCCACCACUAGAGAGGAACAAGUGCAAGCAGCUAAAAAAAAGUACACCGAAACUCAUAAGGGGAAAAAUCUAUCCGAUUCUCAGCGUUACCGGGAAAAUAAUCCCGAGAAAAGGAAGGAGACUGCAAAACGUUACAGUCAAACACACCCCGAAGUCCACAGGGAAGCUGUGCAGCGGUACAGCCAAACACACCCUGAAGUUAACAGGGAGGCUGUGCAGCGGUACAGCCAAACACACCCUGACGUUCACAGGGAGGCUGUACAGCGGUACAGUCAAACACACCCUGAAGUUAACAGGGAGGCUGUACAGCGGUACAGUCAAACACAUCCUGAAGUUCACAGGGAGGCAGUGCAGCGGUACAGUCAAACACACCCUGAAGUUAACAGGGAGGCUGUACAGCGGUACAGUCAAACACACCCUGAAGUUCACAGGGAGGCAGUGCAGCGGUACAGCCAAACACAUCCUGAGGUUAAUAGGGAGGCUGUUGGACGAUACAGUCAACAGAAUCCAGAAGCCUCUCGGCAAAGAGUUAGCAUUUUUCGGCUAAAAAAUCCUAUGCUUUCUGAGCUUCGUCAUUUACCAGCUGCACUUGCUAGACAUAUUUUUCAUCACGGUCCAAUGGGGUCUUGGGAAGGGGAGCUGUUGGGAAAUAUUCCUGCUUUUAAUCUGAAAAAAGUUAGUCUGUGGGAUAAUAGUAUUUUCAAGUGUACUUACUGUGGUGCUCGACUUUUUGAAGAGGAAAAGUGUAGGAAGAAGUGGUGUUGUGGUCAAGGGGCAAACAACGUUCUUAACCUACAGCCUCUCCAAGAAUCGUUUUACUCAGAUCGCCGUUUUCUCGAUAGGGCUCGUGCUUACAACGACCUGUUUGCGUUUUGUGCAUUGGAAGUAUCCGGUGGGUACAGGCACCCAAGUGGUCUUUCUUUUUUCAAAAUUGAAGGGAGAAUGUAUCACCAGGUUUACAGUCUGUCUGACCCUGGUCAAAAGUUUACAACUAAAGCUGGAGACAUUCAGUUUGUAAACCGGUCUCGUCUGUACCUCGAUGACGGCGAAGAACGUCGAAAUAUUGCCUUGGGUAGAUCGCUUGAUGGUAAUGUUAUCGACUCUAUUACUCAGUUUCUAUCACAAGUAAAUCCAUACGUUGUUCAUUAUCGGCGUUUGGGCAGUGAACCAGCUGUCAACGCUCACUUGGAUUUCCAAGUAACAAGUCGAUCUACCCAUGGUCCUGUUUUAGGUGACAGGCAAACAGGCGUUGAGGUGCACGCAGUUCUAAGCACCGAGGAAACUGUUUACGAGCCUCGCAAGCUAACUAUAUGGAAAAAUGGAUCUGGAAGACCAACUUCAAUAAAUUUGUUCAGCCCUCUCAUGGAACCAUUUCAAUAUCCUCUGCUCUAUCCACAUGGCACUUUGGGCUGGCACAUAGGACGCCUGAACAAUUUUAAUAACAAAUUGUCUCAGUACGAUUAUUCACGUUGUCUUUUACUAUCAGAUCCCCGGUUUUCACAUCUCGGCCGGCUGUCCCAAGCUUGGCAGGUGGAAAUGUAUGCAAGAUACGAGGAUGAAAGGCUUAAUUUCAUUAAGUUCUCGCAGACUAAGUCGGCAGAAAAUGCCAUGAGGAUAGGGCCGUUGGAUGAAGUUGAGGCGGUGAAUCGUGGCGGACGUCAAGUGGUGAACGAUAUUAACAAUGAUGAAACUGUUCAAGGGGAGGGUGGAAUACAAGCUGGUAAAGUUUACCUCCCAAGUUCAUUCACAGGGGGGCCGAGGUAUAUAAAAUUUCGUUACGAAAAUGCUAUGGCUUUAGUAUCUCGCCUCGGCUUUCCUACGUUUUUCCUUACAUUUACCUACAGUGCAACUUGGGAGGAAAACAAAAAGGCUUGCCCUCGAAGCAGCGGUCGCAGUGAUCCCAGCACCGCCUGCAGAGUGUUCUACAUCAAACUUCUGGAACUCCUCCGAGAUCUACGCAGCGGAGCUAUGUUCGGUCGUUCUGUUUACAUAGUCCACGUCAUCGAGAUGCAGAUGCGGGGUCUUCCACAUGCCCACAUCGUGUUUAAAAUCGAAGGCGAUGGCCCUGUUCAGGCUGCUGACAUAGACUCCCUCAUUCGCGCUGAUAUUCCAUCUCCGGAGGAGGCAGGAGGUCGAUUAAGGGCGUUGGUUCUGCGGCACAUGAUUCACGGGCCUUGUGGUACAGAUCACAGAACCGACUUCCCUUGCUGGGACACCGACAAAGGUAGCUGCUCUAAAUUCUUCCCCAAACCUCCCUGUGAAUCAACCCAUGUAGACGAGAGGGGUUUUGUAAAAUAUCGGCGUGAUUAUGGUAAUGAGGGGAGUAUAACUUCAAGAAACAGAUCGAUUCCUGUGCAUGACGGCUGGGUUGUACCGUAUAACUCAGCAUUGCUUCUAAAAUAUGAGGCACACAUCAACUUAGAGGUAGCUUCCACUCGACGAGUGAUUAAGUAUCUAUUUAAAUAUCUAAUGAAGGGUGGCUCGCUUCAGAACGUCAAAGUUACUCCUUUGAGUAAACAAGACGAUGAAGUCGAGCACUAUGUGACUAAGCGUAUGGUGGGAGCCAGUGAUGCAUGCUGGCGUCUCUUGGAUUUUCCAAUAUCAAAGUCUGAGCCCACCGUUGAAUGUCUCCCUGUUCAUCUAGAGGGAAAACAGAAUGCGUGUUUUCGACCUAACAACUUGACACACGCCACUUCUGGAGCUACCUCUGACUUGAUCUUUUAUUUCAAUAGGCCUCGUGACCCAAUGUUUGACAAUUUGACGUACCAGUGUUUUUUUGAACAAUACAUUGUUCACAGCAAACGUCCAAGUAGUGCUGAGGUUUACGAACAUCCAGACGGUAAGCACUUCUUAACUUCCAGAAAACGUGGCCAAAAGAUCUGUCGACUCUUCUGGGUUUCACCAAACAGGAGUGAGCAAUAUUUUCUUCGGCUGCUGCUCAUGAUCAUACCAAGCCGUGGUUACGCCGAUCUGCUCGCUCGAGGUGGUGAUGGUUGCACUACAUUCCAACAAGUAGCACGCACCCUCGGUUUGGUUGAAGAUGAGGACGAGUACCACCAGGCACUGAAGGAAGCUGCUCGAUUUAUGGUCGGCCCGAGGCUCCGCUCUUUCUUUGUUCUACUUUGUAACAUGGGAGCUCCCGCGGCCCUCUUGUGGGAUGCUUUCCGGGAUACAUUGUGUGUGGACCAUUUGGAGCGGAAUCCUCUUGAUCACGACGUUGCUUUCAAGCUGGGCCUGAUUGAAAUCGAUCGAAGUCUUCGCCGUCAGGGGUCCUGCUUGGCCGACCACGGUCUGCCCAUUGUAGAUGACGACACGACCGAAUUGGGUAGGGAACUACUCAUCUACGGUGAGAAUCAACAGAGAUCACUAGUAGAUGAGUGGGAACCAAAGCUUUCCAACGACCAGAGAGUGGUGUUUGAUUAUGUAAGAUCGAUAUUACAUGGCCAGGUUGGUAGUCGGUCCAUAAAACUUAUCUUCCUCGACGGACCUGGCGGCUACGGCAAGACCUUCUUAAUUCAUGUGAUCCUCGCAUACGUUCGUAGUCUUAACAGGGUUGCUAUUGCUGUCGCUAGCUCCGGCAUUGCUGCUGGUAGUCUGCCUGGUGGCACGACAGCACACAGUAUGUUUAGGCUGCCACUUGAUCUCGGCGAUGGCACUGGGUAUUGGAACUUGACCAACGGAUCUCAGCGUGCAGAACACAUCAGAGCAGCCCAGCUCAUAGUUUUUGAUGAGGCCCCGAUGGCUCACCGGUACAUUUUUGAAAUCAUCGACAGAUCUCUGCGUGACCUUAUGAAUUCACCUGAGCCAUUUGGGAACAAGAUCUUCCUCUGCUGCGGAGAUUUCCGUCAGAUCGCACCAGUUGUAGCUAAAGCUCGUACUUCAGCAGACAUUGCUUGUGUAUCACUGUGUGCGUCAUCUCUGUGGUCAAGCUUCAAAAUCUUUUCCCUGUCCACCCCUCACAGAACUUCUGGCUCCACUGCGUACUCUGAGUUUCUCCUUAAAGUAGGCAAUGGAACAAUUAGAUCUGUUGAUUUUGAAGAAGGCCGUGGCUGCUCAAGUCUGAUUCCUUUGAGCGGUAUUAGAUAUGUGACAUCACUACACGAUUUAGUUUACUUUGUAUUCCCCGUUUGUGACCUGAGCCAUACAGAUAGAAUCGCUGGCCGGGCUAUUCUUUCAACCAUGAACGCCAAUGUCCAGCAGAUCAACAACACUGUUCUCAACCUGACGGACGGCUUCGUUCAUGAGUUGAGAAGUGCUGAUUCUGUGGACAAGGAGAACGACGAUGGUAUGGAUGUAGACGUUCACUUGUUGAACCAGGCUACUGGCAAGGGCGUGCCAGACCAUGUCCUGCGACUAAAGAUUGGCUCCGUGUGUCUCGUCAUGAGGAACCUGAACAUUGACAGCGGACUCGUUAACGGCACUAAAGUGAUCGUGACCGCUAUUAGACCUCGUCUGAUCACAGUGCGACUUCCUGGACAACGCGAUCCGAUUUGUAUUCCCCGGAUUCAAUUCGUUUUCCCGUUUGUCGAGGGGUCUCCGCUUCGCGUCCGCCGUCUUCAGUUUCCUCUCAUGUUGGCCUAUUCCAUGACUGGCCACAAAAGCCAGGGCCAGACGAUUGAUCGUGUCGGAGUCGAUCUUCGCAGUGACUGUUUCACGCAUGGUCAACUGUACGUCCUUCUCAGUAGAGUCAGACAUCCUGACGACAUCGUUGUUCUGGUCCAUCCUGACAGGGUCCACGAAGGAGUUGCCUAUGCAAAGAACAUUGUAUACGACGAGCUCCUUCGUUAA